AUUCUGAUUGUCCACCACAUGUAGCCUACCUACUUAAACUACCUGACUUUACCUGAACUAUUACUUUUGGAUCAUCAUGGCUGCCAGUCUCAUGACAAGCGGACUCUGUCUGGUUUUGCUGAGCUGGAGUGUUCGUUGCUAUGCUGGUGACCAAGGCAUACAUUGGUCUCCUCUGAGAAGUUUGAACCCAGCCCAUGGUGCUUUCAAUGGUGGCUAUGGACCAGGUCCGGUCACCAACCAAUCUGUAGACGAGAGGUUCCCUCUGAGCCGUCAGCUUUCUUUGAGGAAGAAACCCAGUAGCAGCUCCAGGAAUGCUUCCCCUGUUUCCUUGUUUACUGUCUUGAGACCUACGUAUCCUGCUGGAGGGGCUCAGCAGAAAGAGGAGAAGGUAGCUGCUGCUGGUCUUGCCAGGACUGCUGUGCAUGCCUCCCCUGCCACAGGACUGGUUGCUGGUUCAAGUCCGGGCCAUGUUGCCCCCAGUGUGCGAAAACCAGCUAUUAAAGGCAUACCCAUCAACCUGAAGAAGCCUGCCUCUUCCCAGCGUUCCAAGCCUGCCUCUUCCCAGCGUUCCAAGCCUGCCUCUUCCCAGCGUUCCAAGCCUGCCUCUUCCCAGCGUUCCAAGCCUGCCUCUUCCCAGCGUUCCAAGCCUGCCUCUUCCCAGCGUUCCAAGCCUGCCUCUUCCCACCGUUCCAAGCCUGCCUCUUCCCACCGUUCCAAGCUUGCCCCUCUCCACGUCUCCAAACCUGCCCCUCUCCACGUCUCCAAACCUGCCCCUCUCCACGUCUCCAAACCUGCCCCUCUCCACGUCUCCAAACCUGCCCCUCUCCACGUCUCCAAACCUGCCCCCCUCCACGUCUCCAAACCUGCCCCUCUCCACGUCUCCAAACCUGCCCCAUCACAUGGCUCUCGGGUUUCCCCAGCCCGUUCAAAGUCCUCAGACUCUCUGCAUCGUGCGGCUGUUGCUUAUACAGGCCUCCCUGGGAAUGCAGCAUCUGUCAGCUCUGGUAUUCGGGGUUCCACCAUCUCUGGGAAGGGCAAAGCUGAGAGACCAGAGUUUAAAGACGCAAGCCUUGGUGUGAGGAAACCUGUUAAGGGCUCUCAAAGUUCUUCCGCCAAGCAGGAGGAACCCAUGAGGGCCCCUAAAGUCAGGAUGUGGUCACAGAAGCCUGAUCCGAUGCCCCCCACAGAUUCCAGUGAAUUUGUACCUGGUGAACUUUCCCACUUGAAGGCCGAGUAUGAGCACGGGGAGGAAGUCUUUGAGACUGACGUGUCUCAAGAAUCACCUCAACCACAGCGCUCUGAAGAGGACUCUACUGAAACCACACCACUGAAGCCCCGUUGGUCAAGCCAUGAGGACCAAUAUCUCCCCUUUGUAAGAGGGAAACUACCUCCAGGCACCCUCACUCACUUCAGCAGUAACUACGAGCAUGGCACCGACCACUGGAGAGAUUCCCUCUAUUUGCGGAUGCCCUACCCUUACGUACCAGUCUCAAGCGAUGAAUGGGCUCCUCAGCUUCCGAUGUGGAAAGGCCACAAGGUUCGGGUACAGGAUCCACCUGAUGUUUCCAGUGGAGCUCAAGGCAAGAAGCCCAAACGAUUCCAUGUGAGCCGUGGCUUCCAUCCAAGUAAACCUGCCCUUUCCAGGUUUCAAGCUCAGGGAGAUGACCAAACCAACUUGCAAUGAUGUCUUGUAACUUUCAAUAAAACAAUUUUUAUUCA